AUACAAUAUAUAUAAAUAUACAAUAAUAAAGUGACUGUUUUUUCUUCGGGGAUUUUUAUGAUUUGUUCAGUUUUCCAAAUCUUUUAAAAGGUGUACUGUUGCUGAUUUAAUUGGGUCUUUUCUGAGUUAAUUAACUGAAUUUGUAUGAAAGUAUAAAAAACUACAUGUACAUGACAUUUAAUCAGCAAUCCAAAUACAAUGUUCAGACAAAGACAGAAAAUAGCCAAGGCAUGGGAUGAAAUGUACUUGAGUUAUGACAAGGUGAUGAACAUAUUGAAAUUAAGACAACAAAACACUCCAAAAACGUGAUGACUUCUUCACUGAGCUCAACGAGAGAUCAGCAAAGGGCAAGGAGAAAAUUAAGCUUGCGGGAAAGAAGAGAGUCAGCUGGUGAUCUUUCAAACCUGAUACUGGAAAAUGACCACAAUAAAAACCCAUUCUUCAGAAAUGAGUUGGGAUCUACUGCAAGUGAGGAGGAGACGCAGAAGGAGGGGGAGGUCCUAUUUGGAAAUUUCAUCGUUGAUCAGAUCAUAAAGGAUAGCGAGGAGAAAAUUUCCACACCGGAGGAAAUACGAGAAAAACUUACACUCUGCACACCACAAGGAUACAAGAACCCAGAAUGGGCUCGUGCGGGUCAGGUGUUGCGGGGGCUUGCUGACCAGUUUGCUGAGAGCCGGGAGAGACAGCAAGUCCAACAGCGUGCACUCGAGAUCUCAUCAGGGAAUGACAUAGACUCUGUGACACAGGAACAGUUCGGAGACCUGCUGUCGGUGUUGCUAGAGGGUGGGAUCACUCAACACCGAAUCGUUGUCCUGUUCUGCUUCUGUGCUGAUAUCGCCAUCGCUGCUUUGAGACACACUCACCUUGAUCUGUGCCAGAAGUUUGUACGUUGGUCCCUGGAAUUCAUAACUAAGCACAUCUGUUCAUGGGUACAGAGAAAUGGAGGAUGGGGUGCAGUGUUUGGGUCAUCAAUGCGACUGAUCGGAAAGGCAGUAGUGGUGACGGGUAUCAUGGCGGGUAUUGGGGGCCUCUGUUACCUUGGUUACAAGCGAUUCUCCCAUGGACCUUCCAACUUUAUAACAGCAUAGUAGAUACAAUUAUGAGCAUUUUGGAGCUUGGAGCCAUCUUAUCAAUUAUCGUAUCGUUCAAUAGAUUUUUGGAUUCUUUCAUUUUGGGUUGUAAUGCAACAUAUUUUGAAACAAACAAUAUAUUUUUAAGAUUUAUUUCUAACACUUGCUUUGUAAUCGCUUGAAAAUCAUGAUAUUCCGCCCAUUUGUGGUACGCUGGUUGAUAAGAGUGCCAUUUUCUGUGUAAUGCCUGUAAAGUUAUGCAUAAAGUCUCCUUUUUUCUUUUUUAAGAAUAAUUGAUUUGGAAAAGAACAAAAGACAUGUGGCAUGUUUUUUUCACCACAUGUAAUAAUUUUCAAUAGAUACGGUAGGCUUUGUUAUGAACAAUUUAUCCAUGUAUUUCUUCUGAAAAACAAUUUUAUGAAUUAAUACCUGAAAAUAAUGUUUUUCUUUUGAUUUUUUUAUGUAUUUCCUUUGAAAAGAUUUUGAUAUUAUUUUGGGUUAACUGUAAAUUCUUGAAAUAUUUAUUUUUUGUUUCUUGGCUUAUGAGUUUUUUGUCAAGGUAUUGAUUAUCAUGUGAAGUAUUUGUAGUGAUAAAACGUGAGUUAUAGUUGUACAUUUGUGUAAAUAAUGUCAACCAGUUUUGUUUCUGCCAAUGUACCUAACCUCUGGUUGUAUAUACCUAUUCUAUGACAGAAAGUAUAAUUGACAUAUCACUAUAAGAGCAUUACUAUACAUAGGAGCUGUUCCAUUACGAUAUUCCUGUGGUUUUGUCAUAUCUUUAUCAGUGUGAUGGUAUUUUGUGGCUACAUAUUGGUGCACCAUUGAUUUUGUUAAUUGUAAUUUAUAAUUUUAUACAUCAUUUGAUUUCACUAUUAGAUAGUUAUCUUGAUGUUUCAGAUUUAAGUUGUUCAUGUUUGUGUUCAUUAUUUGUUCAUUAAUUGUUUGUUUAAAUGUAAAUGUUGUAUAUUGCCCCAUACUAGUCAACUUGUCAUUGGUAUCAUUGGGUUUGUUUUUUUGGAAGGGGGGGGGGGCUAUUUGUUCAGAUAACUGAUUCAUUCUAUCUUUACAUAACAGUUUGCAGUAUGAAGACUGAAGACUCAUGAUGUUGAUAACUUUAGGUAUACCAGUAUUGAAUUGAAAGCUGAAUUUAUUACGAAAGUUCAUGUAAUGUAUAAAUUGUGUAUACAUGUAGGGGAGUAGAUUUUUUUUUCAAGAUACAUUCCUGAUCUAUCGAGAUAUCCAAUAUAUUUUUUUCUGUAAAGUAAACUUCCACUCUUUUUUCAACUAGAAACAAACAAAAUAUGAGGUGAAAUUAAAAAGCCAAUUUUUGGUUUCUAUGGUCAUCUAAUAGGUGUUCAAAUGUGGUCAUAUUCCAGAUGAGAGUAGUAGUUCUUAUAUUUUUCUGAAUAUGAUGUCAUAAUUAUGGUUGUUUGGUUAAUGUUUAUGAGUAAAUUUGCAGUUGUCCAUUCCCUUUAAUUUGAUUAAAGCAAUAUUGCUCAACAGAACAUAUGAACCAUUUUUAACCAUGUCCUAACUUGACUUCUUUAACUUCUUGUCUGGUUUGUUGUAUGCACACGACAAUGAUAGAAAAUAAGAUGAAGGUGUACCUUUUUCUGAACAAAGGAUACAUCACAAAUACUUGAUUGAUUUCAGUAGGCACUUCAUGUAAUUUAAAGCAAAGCAAAUAUGAUGAAUGUCUGAGAUCUACUCCUGUAUUAUAUCUCUUUCUGAGAUAUACUCCUGUCUGAGAUACUCCUGUCUGAGAUCCACUCCUGCCUGAGAUAUACACCUGUCUGAGAUCCACUCCUGUCUGAGAUCCACUCCUGUCUGAGAUAUACUACUGUCUGAGAUCCAAUCCUGUCUGAGAUAUACUCCUGUCUGAGAUCCACUCCUGUCUGAUAUCCAAUCCUGUCUGAGAUAUACUCCUGUCUGAGAUAUACUCCUGUCUGAGAUCCACACCUGUCUGAGAUCCACUCCUGUCUGAGAUCUACUCCAGUCUGAGAUCUACUCCUGUCUAAGAUCCACUCCUGUCUGAGAUAUACACCACUCCUGUCUGAGAUAUACACCACUCCUGUCUGAGAUCCACUCCUGUCUGAGAUCCACUCCUGUCUGAGAUCCACUCCUGUCUGAGAUCCACACCUGUCUGAGAUCCACUCCUGUCUGAGAUGUUGAACAUAUGUUUUCAAAAAGUGUGAUCAUGAAUUUGGUGCAAUAAAAAAAAUUAUUCAUAGAAAUGUGUGCGAUAUAUAGUUACAAUUUAUGUACUGUAAAUCAUCAAGUUAGUAUAUAUAUAAUAUAAUUAGAAUGUCACAUGAGUGGUCAUUCAAUGUGAAAAUUAUUAAACCUACUAAAGCUCACAAUCAGUUUUAAAGAACUUGUUUAAUAUUUCUGAAUUGAAUUACCACUAAUGUGCUUUCUUCAAUAUCAUAAGUUAUUCAGUUUACAUGGUGUUGGUCUUUGCCAAUUGAGAGAGGGAUGUCGCCUUCCAUUUUUGCCUGUGUUAUCAUUGAAGAAAAAAUAGUUUACCAUAUUGGUAAAUAAAGUAUAUGUAUGUGGAGGUCUUUUUAGCAGAUGACAUAUGGAGAGAUAUAAGCCAAUGGGAUCGGCUGCAUCCCUAAACAGACCUUGGUCAACGGCAUGGUCACCAGCAUGUUUUACGUCAUCUUCCUUUGAUCUCCAGAACCUUAUAUGCUCAUGGACAUCAUGAUGUCCCUAAUCCAACAUCAUCAUGUCCCUAAUCCAACAUCAUCAUGUCCCUAAUCCAACAUCAUCAUGUCCCUAAUCCAUACAGUUGUAUUAUGCAAUACAUGUUACAUCAUCUGAUAGUUAUGUCAGCAAGGUUGAGAAAUAUUAAUAGGUUGUAUUGAUUUUGAACUGUUAGUUCAACAACGUCUAGUCACUGUCAAAUGUGAUUCAUGACUUGUUUAACAUAUUAAUAUUAUUCUGCCUUGCUAAUUCAUAUGUUUCUAUAUGUAAGUCAUUUGUCUCUCUUUUGUAUUCAAAGCAUUAUAUGAGUAAAAUAUGGAUGCAAAUAAAAUGUCUAAACACUUUCGA